AUAAGCGUCGCUUGCGUAUCUUAAAAGCUCUCGUCCCAUCCCUCUUGAUUGGUUUCUAGGGUUUCAUCUGCCUCUCCGGUUCGAUUCCAAGAUCUGGUUCCCGAGCCUUUGAUUCAAACACUGAGUGCUCUAGUGGGAAUUGCAGAUCGUGCUGGACUUCUCUCCUCAGGCCUGGGUGGGUGUUUCAUACUGUGAUUGGACAAAGAUGAGGUCUAUUUUCUGUGGCAACCUUGAAUAUGAUGCUCGCCAAUCAGAACUUGAGCGACUUUUUGGCAAAUAUGGGAAGGUUGACAGGGUUGAUAUGAAGUCGGGAUUUGCCUUCAUUUACAUGGAAGAUGAACGCGAUGCUGAUGAUGCAAUACGGGGGCUUGAUAGGAGAGAAUUUGGUAGGCAUGGGCGCCGGCUUCGUGUUGAGUGGACAAAGCAAGAACGUGGUGGUAGAAGGUCUGGCAGCGAAAGAAGAUCACCAGCUAACACAAGGCCUGCAAAGACAUUAUUUGUCAUAAAUUUUGAUCCAAUUAAUACCAGGAUGAGAGACUUGGAAAGGCAUUUUGAACCGUAUGGAAAAGUUUUAAAUGUCAGGAUCAGAAGGAAUUUUGCUUUCAUUCAGUUUGAGUCACAAGAUGAUGCCACCAAAGCAUUAGAAGCCACCAACAUGAGCAAGUUGAUGGAUCGGAUUAUAGCAGUGGAAUAUGCAGUUCGGGAUGAUGAUGAGAGAAAAAAUGGAUCCAGCCCAGAUAGGAGAGGAAGAGAUAGGUAUCCAGAAAGGAGCAGUCGUGGUCGUGAGCGUUCAGCUAGUCCUUAUGGCAGAGGCGUGGAGAGGGCUAGCCCUGAUUAUGGUCGUGGUUCCAGUCCUUACAGCAAGCCUGAACAGAGGGGGAGCCCAAAUUAUGGAAGCGGCGAAAGUCCUGCUAAUGAAAGACAUCACAGCCGCAGUCGCUCACCAGCAAGGCAAGAGAGAAGUCGCUCACCAGCAAGGCAAGAGAGAAGCCGCUCACCAGCAAGGCAAGAGAGAAGUCGCUCACCAGCAAGGCGAGAAAGAUCAUAAGAUGAAUUUUCAGUUCUAUCCACCUGCAUAUCUUAAUAUAGCGCAGGUAAUUCUGUUAUGAUAUGGUUAAAUGUUCCUUUAGGCACUUUUAUCAUGUUUGCUUCUUUGUUGGGGGAAAAAAAAAAAGAAAAAAACUUUAUUUAAGCAAGCAGUGCUGUUGGGGAUAUUGUUUCAAAGGAUAUCUCUGUAUUAUCGAUUAUACUGUUGUUGGUAACAUAACUUUGAGUUUGAGUUCAGAGGUUUAAAGUUUUCUUA